GUAUACCUCCUUACAAUAUUGCUCUUUCUCUCUCUAGAAUAGAGUUUUUCUCUUUCUAAAACAGAGAAGAAAACCCAUGUAAGAAUUUACAGAGAUCACCACAAUUUUGCCCCAUGUCUUUCCUCAGAAACAUACUCCUAUUUGCAUAAUCAUUGACAAAAAAGAUUUAAUUUUUCAAUCCCAAUUUACUUAAUUUAAUUCAAGUUUGAUUGUUUGAUUUUAUUUCUGGGUUUUGGAAGAAAAGGGAAGAUGAAAAACAACAAUGAAGAACAAGUUAGGUCUUUAUUUGGUAUAAGUUUAACAAGUAGACCAAAAUGGCACCAAUUUCUCAUUUGCUCUUCUGGGUUCUUCUUUGGUUACCUCGUUAAUGGAAUUUGUGAGGAAUAUGUAUACAACAGGCUUCAAUUCAGCUAUGGCUGGUACUUCACAUUUAUUCAGGGAUUUGUGUACCUAGCAUUAAUAUACUUAAAUGGGUUUACCACCAAGCAAAUGGUGAAUCCAUGGAAGACUUAUGUGAAGCUUUCAGCAGUUCUUAUGGGUUCUCAUGGACUUACUAAAGGAUCCUUAGCUUGGCUUAAUUACCCUGCUCAAAUUAUGUUCAAGUCUACUAAGGUUUUACCAGUGAUGAUAAUGGGAGCAUUCAUCCCGGGAUUAAGAAGGAAGUAUCCGCCAUCUGAAUAUGUAUCGGCAUUGCUCUUGGUGGUGGGUUUAAUCCUCUUCACUUUGGCAGAUGCACAAACGUCUCCAAACUUCAGCAUAAUCGGUGUUGUAAUGAUUAGUGGGGCUCUAAUCAUGGACUCCUUCCUCGGAAAUUUACAAGAAGCAAUCUUUACCAUGAAUCCUGAAACCACUCAGAUGGAGAUGUUGUUUUGCUCAACCGUUGUGGGCUUGCCAAUGCUGAUACCACCCAUGGUUCUGACUGGAGAAUUAUUCCGAGCGUGGAAAUCAUGUUAUCAGCAUCCCUAUGUUUAUGGUGUGUUGGUUUUUGAAGCCAUGGCUACCUUUAUUGGUCAAGUCUCUGUCUUGUCUCUCAUUGCACUGUUUGGUGCUGCUACCACAGCCAUGGUGACGACAGCAAGAAAGGCGGUAACUCUGCUGUUAUCUUACUUGCUCUUCACAAAGCCUUUAACCGAACAGCACGGAACAGGGCUGUUAUUGAUUGCCAUGGGAAUUGUAAUGAAGCUUUUGCCCGACAACAAACCCCUGAAGAGGGUCGAAUUACCCAUCGUCACUCAUAAGGUUGACAGAACAUCCACAGACGAGGAGAUGAACAAAUUGAUUAGUGAGGAUGAUCAAGAACGAAGUCAGCUGGUCUGAAAAUUAUUAUCGAAUCCGGUAUAAAAUACAAUGAGGUCUUUUUAAGGUAGCGAAAAUCAAACCGAGCUUUUAAUUAAAUGGCAUGAGAGCAAGUAGUUUAUAGAAAUGAAAUUAGAUUGUAGAAGUAUUUAUCCCUGGAAAGUGUUCUGUAAUCAGGUGAUUAUAUUGUCAAAUUUAUAUCAUGAUUAGAUUUUUAUAAAGUAUUACUCUUAAUUGUAUAUGACUUGGAUGAUUAGAUCCUACUACACAUAAUUGCUGCCUUGGUGGGUUAUUUUCACAACUUCUUAGGUAAAUAUAAUACAUCAAUUGAUUAUAUAAUAGUAGUAUUAAUUA